AUGCUCCUGGUCCCGCUUUCAGUCUCUCCGCCUAGCCGUGCUCCCGCGUUGGCUGCCGAGAACAAGCGCACCAAUCAGAUGUGGAGAGCGCUAUACGUCAUUCCGUCUAGACGAGGUGCUUCCACCAAGAGACGUGACACUUACUUCUCCAUUGAACGGUUCAACAUAGUCAAAAUGUGGAAAAAGCUAUUUGGCGAGAACGCCGCGAAGAACGUCAUCACCGUUUUCCACAAGCCUUCAGCGCCGGGCUCUACUCGAGUCGUAACAUUCCUAAAACAACACCAGGCAAAUGCCCAGAACACAGCGACGGAAGACCAAGCCGGCAGCCACCAAGUACCGCCUCCAACGCAGCGAGCGGACUAUGAUCUCGACAUACAAGAAGACGCACCGACAGGAGAUCAACUGAAGACGAUUCUGGAAUAUGCAGGUCCUGGCAAAGCCGGCACGAUCGUACAGGGAGCACGGGACAUUACGGAUGCUUUGGAAAAGGUGAAGCGAGAUGCAACACUGUUCAAUCGGCCUUUGGUGGUCGAUUGGCAUCAGGGGAAAGUCACCGUGGGGGAUAACGAGAGUGAGAUCCUGAAGCUGCUCAAGGCUAUUCCGGAGACCAAGUAAAGCGGAUGUAGGGAGGGUGGGCUGGUCUGCGUGAGGAUUGAGCAGGACUGAAAAUAGAAUGACGCAGGAUUCGCAUGAAUUAGUUACCUCCGGCGUGUGGCACGGUGAGAAUUCCGCUCUAAAGGUACAGGUAUCGUAUCUCAGCUCUGUGACAAUAUUAAACACACAAGGCCUUCUUUGGCAACCGGCUCUUCGCUGAACGCGGCACUUUUUUUUUCGAACCCGAGAACUAACAUUUAUCUUCUCAACGUCGUUGCAAGAGCUAACAAGCUAGUGGCAAAUCCACCGGUUGACUUUAUGACAUUUAGAACUUAACAAACAAAUGCUCGGUGGAGUGACUCAGCUUGCUCGGCUUUGAUUAACUAAUUGAUUGUUUAGAGGAGCCUGAGCAUCCAGGAUACGGGAACUGAUUCUCAUGGCGAUGACAGUGACGCGUUGUUGCCAUGGCAGCGUCCGUAGCAAACACAUGACGCCAACUGUCAAAGUGACCGCUGGUUGUUCGCGCCUUCUCUCUUGUUACUCACACCACGUUGCCCUUCUUGCUUACCCCAGACAAACUCAGACAAAACCUAAGCAAAAUUGCAGCCUCAUCAUCUGCUUUGACUGCUUGCACACUGAUCCUCACGCC